AUGGACAAUCCCCGGCGGUCGUUCAGUCUUCCACCACCCAGAUCCUAUACAUCUCCCGAUCCACAAGUCGAGGUCCUGUUCAACCUACCCUCCGUUCGAAUCAUCGCGUUUUCAACCACGAGUCCUUCAGUUCGGCCGGAAUCGAGAAGUGGAAGUCCUGCGGUGGAGGAUAAGCCAGGGACAUUGCCUUGGGUGUCCCGCGUCGAAAGAACCUUAGCUGUUGGUCCUCUUCGAAUAUAUAGAGCUCCAGGAUCAGUUGCGUUCUUGAACUGUGCAAGUGCGCUUCGGCCGAUACUCCCAAAAUCGCAAUCAUGGUGUGUGGAUCGAGAGGGCACCUUUGUGCUUCAAAUACGAAGACCGGAAUAUUGGAGAAUAGAGGUUCCAAGCAACAAUGAAGAGGAAAAGGCUAGAGUUACGGAACUUAAAUCGGUGCUUUCUCAGGUGUUGCUGUUUGAGAAAACCCCUUGCCCAUUCAAAAGAGAUUUUGUGGUUGAAUUGCCAGAAGCUCCUAAGACGCCAGUGACGAGAAGGCCAUGGAGACCAGUUCAAGGCCCGCAGCUGUUCUCCUCGCCAUCAUAUGGGAACAAAUCUAUAAAUGACGACGACUCUAGGUCAUCUAGAGCUUCAUCACCCCGUGCCCAGUCGCCAGCAGCGACGCCGCAACGAACACAGCAAAGUCCCCAAAGACCACCUACUCCUAUGCGCUCCCCUUCGAAGUCUUCAGUUGUCUCAGCGGAUGUUAAAGUGCCCCAGAAGCAGGCACCCAAACCCGACAACCUUUCGCCGCCCCAUUCACCUUUGGCAACCCCUCCAGCUAAUCCACCCGUGCCCAGCACCCCUCUGCGCCAGACGUCGAUGAAUACCUCGCCGCCAUGCACUCCAGAUAAGUCUCGUGUUUCUGCGUUAUCGUCCGCCACACCACGAGCUACUGGCGCCGAGUCGUUGACUGCUGUGGCAGAAGAAGAAGAUGGGGGCUCCACAAGGAAUGAUAGACCACGCAAUGUACACAUUGAAUCUGACGACAGUGGUUUCACGAGCGAGACUACGGAAGAUUCAAAUGACACUCCAACCGGUAUUUCCCAGCCUGAAUUCGAACCCCAUCAAGCAGAAACAGAAAGCUGCGAAAAGCCGCAAGCCAUGCGAAACACUGCCAGGUCUACAACAGCACCACCUAUUCUCUCUCUUAUUACUAGCCCACCUUCGAAGCAGCGGAGUAAAUCACCUCCUCGGGAUUCUGCUCUUUCGGAAGAAAGCUCGAGUCAAUCAUCAACCGUAGGGUCGUUUCACUCACUCCACUCAUGGCACUCACCACUAGACCCGACCUCACCAGGAUCGCCGCAGUCCUCAUCUGAGAGCCCUAGUUAUCCUUAUCCCCACGACAACAUCGUUCUGCCUAAGCGUAGCAACAACCAUAAAAAUCCCGACUUUGUUGUAGAAACCCCUGGGGCUUGGAAAAGCCCCCCGGCAAGUGAUGACGGUGAUUCAAGCUCAAUGUGCCAGUCACCCCAACCCAAAACGCCUGUUCUCGAUGGCUCCAAUUUCUCACCCCACGAUGAUCAGAUCGGAACUGCUUCACCAACAGUCGUCGAAACGACCAUACGACAUCGCGCAACCACCAGCAGUAACUCCCGCCGUCGAGAACUUUCUCCAUUGCCAGCGGCGGUGAACUUGUUUUCUCCCCCACCCGCCAGACGAUCCAGGCGACUCCAAACUACACGGCACUUGCCGACUGCUAUCAUUCAGAAAACUUGCGAAAUCUUGCUUAGUCCACCAAGCCAUCUAUUUACUUUGAUGAUAAGUGUUGCUUCUAAGAUCGCAGCAGGAGAGUGGAGAGGCUUCUUAUUUUCGGGAUAUGGGGAAGAGGUGCACUGGGACUUCGAAGAUGAAUAUGGACGAAGUCCUUAUAGCCCAGAAGAUGACUAUGGGGUUACCCUCCCUCGCUCCAGCCUCCCUCGGAAACCUAAAUCGAAUGCCAGCGAUGCUGGCGGAAGUUGGGAAGUCGACUGA